AUGGGAGAGCCGGGAGCAUUGCUGGGGCACCUCGGCAUUCCCGAAGGCAAGGGACCCCCGAAACGCCACCCGCAGGCCUUCAGUGAUGGCCACAGGCCCUACAAGUGCGGCGACUGCGGCAAGGCCUUCGCGCAGAACAUGCAGCUGGUGGGCCACCUGCGCACGCACGCGGGCCAGCGGCCCUACCGGUGCGGCGACUGCGGCGAGGCCUUCACCCUCAUCACGCACCUCCUGGACCACCAGCGCACCCACACGGGCGAGCAGCCCUUCUCCUGCGACGCGUGCGGCCAGCACUUCACCAAGCGCGCCUCGCUGCUGGGCCACCAGAAGGUCUACGCGGCCGAGAAGCCCCACAAGUGCGGGGUGUGCGGCAAGGCCUUCCGCAAGAAGUCGGACCUGGUCAACCACCACCGCAUCCACACGGGCGAGCGGCCCUUCCGCUGCUACGAGUGCGGCAAGGCGUUCACGCAGAGCAUGACGCUGGUGGAGCACCAGAAGACGCACACGGGCGAGAAGGCCUACCGCUGCCUGGAGUGCGGCAAGCGCUUCACCAAGUCGUCGGCGCUCAUCCUGCACGAGCGCAUCCACACGGGCGAGCGGCCCUUCCGCUGCGCCGAGUGCGGCAAGGCCUUCAACCAGAACGUGCAGCUGGUGGUCCACCAGCGCAGCCACACGGGCGAGCGGCCCUUCCAGUGCGCGGCCUGCGGGAAGUCCUACAGCCAGAAGGGCUACCUGGCCGUCCACCAGCGGACGCACACCGGGGAGAAGCCCUACGAGUGCGGCGAGUGCAAGAGGGCCUUCAGCCAGAAGGCCCACCUGUCCAUCCACCUGCGGAUCCACACAGGCGAGAAGCCCUACAGCUGCGGCGAGUGCGGGCGGAGCUUCCGCAAGGUCUCCUUCCUGUGCCAGCACCAGGCCAUCCACAGCGAUGAGCGGCCCUUCAAGUGCGAUGAGUGCGGGAAAGCCUUCAUCCGCAAGUCGUCGCUGGUCCAGCACGAACGGAUCCACACGGGCGAGAAGCCCUACCUCUGCGGCCAUUGCGGCAAGACCUUCCGGCACCAGCCCACGCUGACGGCCCACCGCAGGAUCCACACCGGCGAGAAGCCCUACCAGUGCAAGGUGUGCGGCAAGGCCUUCCGCCGCAUGGGGAACCUCACCUGCCACCAGAAGAUGCACCCCGUCGAGGCGCCCCCAAGUGGGCCAGCCGAAGAUGGCUGCUACCGGAGUGGCCGGCCCGGUGCUGGGGAGGAACAGAAUUUCGACCCCGUGCCACUUUGUAGUGAACUUAGAGGCGACCGAGAGGAUGACGUCGUGUACCUGGGAUGUUCUCUAGCCUCCAGUCCUUAGGGAAGGACCGUGGGGCACAGGGCACAGGCCAGACACCGUGAGCCAUCUGUUACAGAAUAAACAGGUGGAGGAGGCGGGCAUCCCGUCGCAUCAUG